AUUCAGUUUUUAGUAUUUACACGCAAACGCCAUUGUCAUUGACACCUCCUUCUUCUUCCACUUCUCUCUCUCUCUCUCUCUCUCUCUCACAUUAUGGAGCUCAACAACAAAAAUGGCCAAACCUCCCCGCCAGACCCUAAACCAGACCUUGAAAAUCCCAACAAUGGCCAUUCUCUCUCUGCCCAACAAGCUCAACUCUUUUCUGAAGAUUUUGACAGCACUUGUUCUACUCCUUAUGUUAGUGCUCCUUCUAGUCCUGGCCGUGGACCCAUUAAUGGCGGUUUCUUUUAUAGUUGUCCUGCUAGUCCAAUGCACUUCGCCAUUACUACCACUGCUUCUUAUUCUGUAUCAGCUGUUUCAUCGCCUGAUAAUGGUGGCUCUGUGCCUAUUGGGUAUGAGUUUGAAUUCUCUGCUAGACUCGGGUCAGCUGGUUCAGGUCAAACAGGGUCCAUGAGUUCUGCCGAUGAGUUGUUCUUGAAUGGACAGAUCCGUCCUAUGAAGCUAUCUUCUCAUCUGGAGAGACCUCAAGUGUUGGCUCCAUUGUUGGAUCUUGAAAAUGAAGAGGAAGAGGAAGAGGAAGAAGAAGAGAUAGAAAUUAGUAAAAGAGGUAGAGAUCUGAGAUUGCGGGAUAAAUCUUUGCGUAGAAGAACCAGAUCUAUGUCUCCGUUAAGAAGUAAUUGUCCUUUUGAGUUCGGUAAUGACAAUGAAGAAAACAAGAAAGCAAACCAGAUCUAUGACUCCAUUAAUGAAGGAAGUUCGGUUUCUUUAGAAAAUAAUGAAGGUAUCAAGAUUGAAGAAAAUACAACUCCUUCAGUAUCUGCAUCUUCUUCUAGAUCAUCAUCAGCUGGAAGGAACUCAAAAAGAUGGGUUUUUUUGAAAGAUUUUCUUUACAGAAGCAAAAGUGAAGGAAGAAGUAAUAAUAAGUUUUGGUCUAAUAUUUCUUUUUCACCAGCAAAAGAAAAGAAACCCAUCAACACACCAACCAUGCAAGUUCCUGCUUCAAAAGAGAAAGUUACAACAAGCAAUGCAUCAACUUUGACAAUGGAGAGCCAAAAAGUCAAGGGGAAUGGUCAAGGGAAGAAGCCAGUUAAUGGAGUAGGGAAAAGAAGGGUACCAACAUCACCUCAUGAAUUGCACUAUAAAGCAAGUAAAGCCCAGGCAGAGGAAAUGAGGAAGAAGACUUUCUUGCCUUAUAGACAAGGGCUUCUUGGAUGCUUAGGGUUUAGUUCAAAAGGGUAUGGAGCCAUGAAUGGAUUUGCUAGAGCCUUGAAUCCAGUUUCUUCAAGGUAAAAAUCUAUGAUCCAGUUAAAGAAAUUGUAUAGAUCUUUAAUUAUUAUUAUUAUUAUUAUUAAUUUUAUUUUUUAGUGUAUUUUUAAGAUAAUUUCUCUCUGUAUUUAUUGUUGGGUGUUCUCUUUUUUUGUUGUUAAAAAGAGUAAGCUAAGCUAAGCUGUCCCUAAUCCACCAUGUAUUUUGUACUCAUAGGGUUGUUUAACUGUAAGCCAUGAGAAAAAAGCUCAAUCUAUUACUUCUGGUUGAGUAAACAACUUGCAUUAUUUGUUAUAUAGUGCCCUAAUUGGACU